GCCUUUGUGCGGAGCCGAGCGGAGGGCAGCGCACGGCGGCGGGCAGCGCGGCGCCAUGUCCUACCAGGGCAAGAAGAACAUCCCGCGUAUCACGGUGGGGCUGAGCGCGUCGGCGCCGCCGGUGCCGUCGUCCCUUUGUGCGGCCGGGGACGCGAGCGGCGGGGGUGAUGCGGGGAAGGGAGAGCCCCUCGCCGAGGGCCGGGGAGGCGGCGCGCAGACAAAGAGCCGCCACCCGCGCAGGUGUCCGCGCCAGGCAGAGCCGUGCCGAGCACAGCCCCGGCGGAGCCUCCGCGGCGGACGGUGCCGAUGACCGCUCCUCGGGCAGCGCCCGCGGGUCCGGCCCGGCAGCAGCCCGGGAGCUGCUUCUCGUCCUCCCGUCGAAUCGCGGUCCGGGCGCAGCCGUCGCGUUCCGAGCGGGGAUGCGGACGCGGGAGGUGCCGGCCGGGCGCGGGCACUGCGGGCGGCCGCUCCCCGUGGGCAGCGCGGCGGGGUCCCUCCCGCCUGGCAGCGGCAGCGCCCACCGGGCCGUGAGCGCGGAGCCUCUGCGCCGUUUCCCAUUGUCCCCAGCAGCGCGCGGCCGGAGCGCAGGUGGGGUGGGCGAGCGGAGAGCCGCCGGGCGGGGCCGCAGCCCGGGUAGUGCGUUUGCAUCCGUGGUCUGCGAGAUGCUCUCUGUGCUCAUAGGUAGUGCGGAUUCUGAGCCCAUCUCCUUUCUCGCCGCGUCAGGUGCAGCGGUCCCCGUUGCUAGUGCAGCGGAGCAAGGGACCGCACCUAUUAGAACGCAGUGCGUUUGUGCCACCACCCAGCGAGAAGAAAGGCGGCUGACAUGUUUCCUUUGAAGCUGCAGGCAGUCCAGCUGCACCGAAGUCGCAGUGGUGCCUCUCCGUGCUGAUUUCUCUGGUCCAUCUCAUGCCUUCCUCCGUGGGGUGCAGCCGCUUUCCCCCCAGCCCUCCCUAGAGGAGCCGUAUUGGGAUUUCUUUCUGGGAAGCGAGGGGGGCUUUCAUCUUUUGUUGGUGGCUUUCUGCCGACUUCGUAUUGCCCGUUUUUCCUCCUGAGGACGGCUUUGGCCACUUGAAGAAAAACGAAAGACAGGGCAGAGGUUCGUUAUUCUUUUUACUGCACAGGUGCGAACAAAUUGCUCCCAAAGUACAGCCUUCAUAAAGAGAAUUUUUUUUUUUUCAGUGCAGAUUCUCCACCCAAUUGCUCUAAUAAAGCAACAUUGCCUUUUGACAAAUCUUGGCUUUUCUGUAUCCCACACCACAGUGACCAGAACUCUGCUGUUGCAGGUGGGAUUUCCCGCAUUCUCAGGGGUUCUUUCCACAAGGAAAGUGCAAUCCACUCAACAGGUGUAAAUAUGUGGGUAUGUGGGGCUGGUUCCUGUUCCUCUGGAAUCCAGCAAGGACUUUUUUCACUGCAGUGGGGACAAAGCCUCACAAGUUGCUUUAUUCUCUCUGUUAAAUCCUUUCCUCAGCCAACCAGAGCUUGAAUCGCUAUGAGCGAAUGGCAUCUUUGGAGCUGACACCACAGGUAGUUCUCUCCUGUGACCUAUGCAUCUUGGUGGUGGCCGCCUGGGACCUGCCCUGAAAUUUGGGUCAGGUGCCCACUGUGUCCUGAACACGUGCUUUGAGGUGCAGGGUAAGCAAUGAAGUAGUCACGGGCUGUGUGGUCUUCUCUCUUUUAAUAGUGUGGCAUAAAGAAAAUCUCAGCUAUGGUGGCUUCUCUAGAAGAAAGGCACUGCAGUUGCUUUAUGCAGAUUGUGCCUCCCCUGGGCAUGGUUUCACUUGUUUGUUCUUCCUCCUUGUAUUUCCAUCUCAGGGGCUGUUACUGCCUGUCAGGACGCAUAGCGUCAGCUGAGCUGUGCUUGUUAGAAGAGGCUGUGUUGUGCCAUUAGGAUGGGGGAUAGCUCAGGGACCUUUCCACAGCUGACAGGUUGUAGAAGUGCCUCGUGCUGGCAGUAGCUCACCUGUAGGUCUCAAACGAAUGGCAUUGCUGAGCCUACAGAGUAGUGCCUUCACUGCCUGUUGCCCCCAGAGCAGGCAGACUUGGUUUUUUUGCAGGUAUUAGAGAUCAUAGUGGUUUUACUUCCUGGCAGCUAGUUCUGACAGUGAUCUGUGGAAAAGCAGUGUUUGUCUGAUGGAUCAGUUGGAAAAAGUGAGGGGUGCAUGUGUUUGUGUGGGGUAAAUUGGUGUGGAAUUACUCCCAACCUGGACUGGAAGAGGCUGGUCAAAGCGACACCUGGCGGUGGUUACAAGCGAGACUGUGGCCAUUGAAAGGAGGUUUGGAAGUCUGGGCGUGUAUGUUGGUGGCAGCGUGGAUUAAAAAAUGGGGAGGAGGGGGGGAGGAUAAUGAAGUAUUUUGGCUUUCUCAGUGCCUGCUUCAUCAGCUCCAGAGCUCUUCACUGCAACUCACGUUGCACACAGUGCAUCAGACCCCGGUAGAUGUGGUGCUACUGUCCAGAUGUGUGCUGAUCUUGUGGCACUGAGCUCAGGAUCAUCCCAAACCUUCUGCGUGUUUAUUAGCUCCCCCCACCCUGAUAUAUUUUCUUCUGUUGACAGUGUUUUCCUAUCCCUGCAGAAAGAGAAGUAGGGGGUCAAAGAGGGGAAAUGCCUUAACAUGAUUUCACAGAAUAACUAUCAAUGGAGCUGUUGGAUGGAACAAAAUAUUCUGGUCUUUGUGCUUUGGUCUCAAAAGCCUUUUCUAUCCCAAGUGGUCUGGAGUUCCCACAUCUCCUCAUGGUGUGGGCUGUGCUCCCCCCUUUCAGCCGUCUCGUUACGGCCCACAGGCGGCAUCUCUGCGAUGUCUGCACCCUCUCUUGGAAAUAAAGAGGUUUGCAUAGGGCCCGUUGGCGUCUUGUGUGGGGAGAAAAGCCUCAGUUACCAACUGGGCAGUUCUGUUCCACACCUGGCCAUAGGUGAUGGGGAACGAGGAGUUAGAUCAUGGCUCUGCUGGCACUGCCAUUCCAGCCCAAGGCUUUUCAACACUCUUGUGUAGUCCCUUAAUAAGGACACACGGAGCUGCUGAUGCCACACCUUUGCAAUUAGUGUCUAUUCGUUUUCAAGAUAAAGAGUCAUGCACCUGCUUCUGUGCUACCCUAAUGAUGCCCUUGUGCUUUGUUAGUGAGGUGAGCAAUGCUCCUGGCUGGAUCCAGCAUCCCUCUGGAAGCAGCUGCCUCCCUUUCCUGCUGCACAUCUCACCAGGAGAUUUUAAGAGGCCUCCUGAUACUCCAGGAACUCAAACGGGCAGAUGAUGCUUAAAAGCAUCAGGAGCAGAGUGUGGGCACGAGGAAAUGGGUAAUGGUUUUGAAAGCUUUUUAGAACUGAUCCCAAUUGCAAGCAGGCAGAGUGUCCAGCACACAGAUGGAGCUGCCGAGCAGGGCGGAGGUGUGGGGUGGCAGAGAUCCCAGUGGGAGCCGCGGCGCUGUGCCCUGGGGCACCUCACGGCCAUGGGCUGCUCCCAGGUGUGGCCCUUGCAGAGAGCCGGGCUCCUGCCUGCCGCCAUGCUGGGCCCUGGCACACGUGGCACCGCGCUGCCGGUGGGCUGGGAGGAGAGGGGCUGACAGUGCCAAUGGCACGGCCUGACACGGCCUGGCAGGGGGAUGCGGUGGGUGUGGAGAGGCACAGCCGGGUUCUGGUGGGGGAACAGUGGGCUUAUUGUGACCUGGGGUCACUCUGGAUGCGUGUGCUGCAGAAGCUGCCUAUUAAUUCAGAUUCAUUUCCUCCAAACUGUUUCAUCCUCUUCCUUUCUGCUUUCCUGGCCUCUCGAUGUCUGGAUGCUGCCCUGAAUAAUGCAGAGCCUGGAGAUGGGGCGUUGUCAGGAUGUUCCUUAUUUUACUGUUAUAUUUUUCCUCCUUGUUAACGGGUUGGUACCAGCACAGCUCUGCUGCUGCUGCUGCAGUGGUGCUGUGGUGGGCAGGCAUGGGGCAGGCCCCAUGGCAGAGCCUGACCCCCGAAUAAAGGCAUGUUUGUGCUGCAGCUGUAGUGAUGAGUAUAGCACCUUUAUUUAUUUAGCAACUAACUGAGCAGCCCUUCAUGUCUGCCACAAAGUGACUGUUUGCAUUUGUGUGUGGGUGUAUUUUUUGACUUCAUAUUAGCAGUUUAUUCAUCAAUUGUUCCAUUCUGCUUCCUACACCAUGUGCCCUUUCUCUGGCCUGAUGAGCAAUAAGAGGCAGUCAGCAUUGGUGUGUGCUGAUGUUUCUGCACUCUGGCAAGAAUGGACACCAUGGACUUCAGCGGGGGAACUCAGGAGAGUGACCGUCUCCUGAUUAAAGGGGGGAGGAUAGUCAACGAUGAUCAGUCAUUCUAUGCUGACAUUUACAUGGAAGAUGGUCUCAUAAAGCAGAUUGGAGACAACCUCAUUGUCCCUGGAGGGGUCAAAACCAUAGAAGCCAAUGGGAAGAUGGUGAUCCCUGGAGGAAUUGACGUCCACACUCACCUGCAGAUGCCAUACAAGGGGAUGACAGCAGUGGAUGAUUUCUUCCAAGGGACGAAAGCAGCCCUGGCUGGUGGGACUACAAUGAUCAUGGACCACGUGGUGCCAGACCCCGAGUCCAGUCUGGUGGAGGCAUUCGAGAGGUGGCGGGAGUGGGCAGAUGGGAAGGCCUGCUGUGACUACGCGCUGCACGUGGACAUCCCCCGCUGGAGCCAGCGCGUCCGGCAGGAGCUGCAUGCCAUGGUCCAGGAGAAAGGAGUCAAUUCAUUCAUGGUUUACAUGGCCUACAAGGACUUGUACCAGAUGUCAAACACUGAGCUCUAUGAGAUAUUCAGCUGCCUGGGAGAGCUGGGUGCCAUAGCUCAAGUUCAUGCUGAAAAUGGGGAUAUAAUUGCACAGGAACAGGCCAGGAUGUUGGAGAUGGGAAUCACCGGCCCAGAGGGCCACGUGCUGAGCAGACCCGAGGAGCUGGAAGCAGAAGCUGUCUUCCGAGCCAUCAUCAUUGCCAGCCAGACCAACUGCCCCCUCUAUGUGACUAAAGUGAUGAGCAGAAGUGCUGCGGACCUCAUCUCACAAGCCAGGAAAAAGGGCAACGUGGUGUUUGGUGAACCCAUCACAGCCAGCCUGGGGACUGAUGGAACACACUACUGGAGCAAGAACUGGGCCAAGGCUGCGGCAUUCGUGGUCUCACCCCCACUAAGCCCAGACCCCACGACCCCUGACUACAUUAACUCCCUCCUGGCCAGUGGUGACCUGCAGGUGUCGGGAAGUGCCCACUGCACGUUCAGCACUGCGCAGAAAGCAAUUGGAAAAGACAACUUCACGGCGAUCCCAGAGGGGACCAAUGGCAUCGAGGAACGGAUGUCUGUCAUCUGGGACAAAGCAGUGGCUACAGGAAAGAUGGAUGAAAACCAGUUUGUGGCAGUGACGAGCACUAAUGCUGCAAAAAUCUUCAACUUGUACCCACGGAAAGGGAGAAUAGCUGUGGGCUCAGACAGUGAUCUGGUCAUUUGGGAUCCUGAUGCAGUGAAGAUUGUCACAGCAAAAACCCACCAGUCUGCAGCUGAGUACAACAUCUUUGAAGGGAUGGAGCUGCGUGGGGCCCCACUGGUUGUCAUAUGCCAGGGAAAGAUCAUGCUGGAGGACGGCAACCUGCACGUGACCCAGGGGACUGGGCGCUUCCUGCCCUGCAGCCCUUUCCCUGACUAUGUCUACAAGCGGAUCAAAGCCAGGAGAAAGAUGGCAGAGAUGCAUGCUGUGCCCCGGGGCAUGUAUGAUGGACCUGUGUUUGACCUGACUGCCACCCCCAAGGGCGGCACCCCUGCGGGAUCCACCCGGGGGUCUCCCACGCGGCAGACACCCCCUGUCAGGAACCUCCACCAGUCAGGGUUCAGCCUGUCAGGUACCCAGAUUGAUGAAGGCAUUCGCUCUGCCAGCAAGCGCAUUGUGGCACCGCCGGGAGGCCGCUCCAACAUAACCUCCCUCAGCUAAACCCCCACACGGAGAGGGGAGCGAUCCCUGUGCAGGCAAAGGAAGAAAAAUGGUACAUUGGUGUUUAAGAAGGAAAAGCAAAUAAACCUGUUCUGAAGAAUCAGUAAGCCUCAAGCCUUACGUUUCACAAACGCUACUUGCUACCUAGCUUUAAAGAUGUUGCUUCAUUUUAUUUUACGCAUAGCCUUAAAAUUCUGUUGUUGUUGUUGUGGGUUGGGUGGGUUGUGUUUUUCCUCUUCCUUUUGUAUGCAUGCCGCUCAGACAGGUCACUUGGUUCAGGUCGUUGUUGGUGUUGAAUGCUUGUGGGCAGGUGGGGGGGUGCAGUGUGAGCCUGCGCUGUGUUCCUUUGUCUUGGUGCUCAGCAGCAUUUCACCAUGAUGCCCGUGGGGGAGCCCAGAUCAUCUCUGUAACAGCUGUCACAGCGCCUCAUGUAAGGAAAUUUACGACUUUGUACACUUUAUUAAAAAAGAAAGGAAAAAAAAGCAACUGUUCCUCAAACAA